UUUAAAAAUACGGAAGUACGUAUUUAUCAGCAUGGAAAGGCGCAUGAGGAUGAUAUAGUUAUCUUUACAGGUGAUGAACUGUAACCCUGUGUCAACUUUGGGAUUUCUUAAGAUUUGGAUUACAAUAUUUCUACUGACCACCAACAUGCUGAGUGAGGUAGAGGCCAAAGAGCUGCUGUCCUUCCUCACACUGGACACCAGGCCAGACGUCAAGGGCCAGGCUACUGAGUACAUCCUGGGCCUCUCUGGCAACAGGGACGGCUGUCGCUACCUACAGACAAAACCUGACUUCCUUAAAGCCUUGGUGACCCUCACUACCGACCCCUCCAUCGCUAUCGUCAAAGACUGUUACCACUCUCUCAUCAACCUCUCGGCUGACGAGACCAUGCACCAACCGCUGAUCAAAGACUGUUACCACUCUCUCAUCAACCUCUCGGCUGACGAGACCAUGCACCAACCGCUGAUCAAAGACUGUUACCACUCUCUCAUCAACCUCUCGGCUGACGAGACCAUGCACCAACCGCUGAUCAAAGACUGUUACCACUCUCUCAUCAACCUCUCGGCUGACGAGACCAUGCACCAACCGCUGAUCAAAGACUGUUACCACUCUCUCAUCAACCUCUCGGCUGACGAGACCAUGCACCAACCGCUGAUCAAAGACUGUUACCACUCUCUCAUCAACCUCUCGGCUGAUGAGACCAUGCACCAACCGCUGAUCAAAGACUCGGACUUCCUCCCUAUGUUGUUUAAAAACCUUCUGGACCCAGAAUUUAUGUUUGCGGACCGUAUCUGUACGAUCCUCACUAACCUGUCGCGGCACGUGAAGACGUGUAAAGAGGUGUUUAAGGCUAUGCAGAAGCAGGAGAUAGAUUUGGCGCAGAUAGUGGACAUCUGCUGCACUGAGGGCUACAACAAGCAGGCAUCGCUCCAUUACCUGGGCCCCCUCCUCUCCAACCUCACACAGCUGCCUGAGACCAGACACUUUAUCCUGGAUAAGGAGAGGUGUGUAGUUCAGAGGCUCCUUCCCUACACCCAAUACCAGGCCUCAACGAUCAGACGAGGGGGAGUCAUUGGCACUCUGAGAAAUUGUUGCUUUGAUCAUGCUCAUCAUGAGUGGUUGCUGAGUGACGCGGUGGACAUUCUGCCUUUCCUGUUGCUGCCUCUCGCUGGGCCUGAGGAAAUGUCUGACGAGGAAAAUGAAGGGUUACCCGUCGACCUCCAGUACUUACCAGAGGACAAGGAAAGAGAGGAGGAUCCCGACAUUCGCAAGAUGCUCAUUGAGACCAUGAUACUGUUGACAGCUACCAAAGUAGGUAGGCAGAUUCUGAAGGCCAAGAAUGUCUAUGCCAUCAUGAGGGAGUUCCACAACUGGGAAAAGGAGCCUCACGUGGCCACUGCUUGUGAGAAGCUCAUACAGGUGCUGAUCGGGGACGAGCCAGAGCCAGACAUGGAGAACCUGUUGGAGGUGGAGAUUCCUGAGGACGUGGAGGUGAAGCUCAAAGACAUGGAUGCCAAGGAGCAGGAGCAGUUGGAGAAGGACCAAGAAGAUCUGUUAAAUCCAGACAAGUCCCAGCAGUGUGCUGGCAUAGUGAGGAUGAUGUAGCAAGGUGGUCUUUUCUACAUUUAAACUGGUAAACCAUCUGAUGAACAAUGGAACCAACUGCUAACUCAAAUUUAACAGAAAAUGAUUGACAUCACGAUAACAAACGGCAUGAAAUCAGGACUCGGAAGGACUGUGUGCAAUCUGAAACCAAUUGUAUUUUCACACCAUGUAAUUUCGCACCACAAAGUCUUAAAUCGAUGAAAAUAAUACGAAAGGAGUAUGUC